AUGGAUACCGAAGCAAUCGAAAGCGAAAAGAAGGCCGCUACAGCACCGACUCCAGACGAGCCCGACGGGUCUUUCGCCGCCUACAAGCGCAUCUUCAAGUAUGCCGGUCCUUUCGAGCUCUCGUUACAGACCGUCGCAUCCUUCGCAGCCUUUGGUUCUGGUGCCGGCAUAGCCUUCCAGCCCCUUAUCAUAGGCCAGUUUAUCACCAGCGUCACCGACUUCACAUCAUCGCAAUCCUCUCCAUCCCAGCUUCGCUCAGAAGCUUCAAAGCUAGCUCUUUACUUCGUCUACCUCGGAAUUGCCCGCUUCGUCCUGUCUUAUAUCUACAACACGCUUUUCACCUACACCUCUCACACCAUUACUCGCAAUAUUCGGUGCGAAUACUUCAAGUCAGCUCUUAGUCAGGAAGUGGCAUUUUUCGAUCAUGGAACCGGUGGCUCAAUCGCAGCCCAAGUAACCUCCAACGGCCGCAUGAUUCAGGGCGGAAUUAGUGAGAAACUCGGUCUUGUCUUCCAAGGCAUUGCUGCUUUCAUCACUGCCUUCAUCAUCGCUUUCGUGGUUCAGUGGAAACUUACCCUGAUAUGCCUCUGUAUUGCCCCGGCUACUCUCGUUGUCAAUGGCGUUGCGGGAGGGUUCAUGGGAGGCUAUGAGAAUCAGAUCCUCGAGAUCAACUCGAAGGCCAACGCCUUUUCGGAGAGCGUUCUCUCCAGUGUGCGGACGGCGCAUGCCUUUGAGAUUCGAGACAGGCUGGUUGGCAGAUUUGACGAGUACCUGACCCGUGCUCAUGAGAUUGGCAGCAAGCUUUCGAUUAUUUUUGGGGUCUUUUUCUCCGCGGAGUACUGUAUCGUCUAUUUGGGCUACGGUUUGGCCUUCUGGCAAGGUAUCCGCAUGUUGUCCAGGGGGGAGAUUGUGGAAUCCGGGGGCAUCUUUACUGUCAUCAUGUCGGUGAUUAUUGCUGCUACGCAGCUAACCAUGCUUACUCCUUACAUGGUUGACUUCACCCGCUCCGCUACUGCGGCAUCUAUGCUUUUCAGGUUGAUUGAUCGCAAAUCCGAAAUUGAUCCUUAUGACCAUCUCGGGCAUCAACCAUCUGAGGCCGUAGGGGAAAUUGAGCUCAGCGAUGUUACUUUUGCUUACCCUACUCGGCCUGGAGUGAAAGUUCUCGACAACUUCUCCAUGAGAGCCCCUGCUGGCAAGGUCACUGCCCUGGUGGGUCAAUCUGGCUCUGGAAAGAGUACGAUAGUCGGCCUUCUGGAGCGUUGGUACAACCCCGAGUCAGGAAUCAUCAGAUUAGAUGGCCACCCAAUCGACCAACUGAAUCUCAGCUGGCUCCGAAAAAACGUCCGUCUCGUCCAGCAAGAGCCAGUCCUAUUCCAGGGCACUGUUUUCGACAACAUCAAGCAAGGACUCGUUGGUACAAAUUGGGAGCAUGCCCCUCGAGAUCAACAAAUGGACCGAAUUCAAGAAGCCGCUAUCAUGGCCUUUGCACACGAUUUUAUCGCUGACCUCCCGAAUGGUUAUGAUACCGAAAUCGGCCACCGUGGUGGCCUUUUGUCUGGUGGUCAAAAGCAGAGAAUUGCCAUUGCUCGAAGCAUUGUCUCGCAACCUAGGGUUCUUAUCCUGGACGAGGCCACCAGUGCUCUAGAUCCGCAUGCCGAAAGUGUGGUUCAAAAGGCUCUGGACAAAGCUUCAGAAGGCCGUACUACUAUCGUCAUUGCCCACAAACUUGCGACCAUCCGAAAGGCUGAUAGCAUCAUCGUUAUGAAAAAGGGAUGCAUAGUCGAGCAUGGAACGCAUGAUUCUUUGCUUGCACUUGACGGCACAUAUGCUCAGCUCGUGAGAAUACAAGACUUGGCUGUUUCAAGUCGCGGAUCGCAAUCGGAACCAAAGCUGGAAUCUGUCAAUGACUCGAAAGUAGAUACUGUGGCUCAACUCCCAGUCCCAACCUCACACGCCUCGGUUGACAAAAACAACGGAAACAUGCCGCAGAAAGAUCAUGCCAAUUACGAUGACUUCAAGCAGCGAAACAUAAUUUUGGCCAUCUAUCGACUUCUCCGGGAGACCCCUGAGCUGAGAUUAGUGUACGGUCUGGUAUUAGCUGGAUGCAUAGUUGGUGGAGCAACGUUCCCCGGCCAAGCGAUUAUUCUAUCUAGUGUGGUCGAUAUUCUCACCCUGCCAGCAACGGAAUUAGAACACGAGGGAAACUUCCUUGCAACCAUGUUCAUUGUGCUUGCCGCCGGCUGUCUAGUAUCUUACUUCAUUCUCGGCUACGCAACCAAUACUGUCGCCCAGCAGUUCGGCCAUAAACUCCGGAGACAAAGUCUCCACGACAUACUCCGACAAGAUGUUCAAUUCUUCGAUCGCGAAGAGAAUAGUACCGGCGCACUUGUUGCGCGCGUGGAUUCGAACCCGCAGGCUAUCCUCGAGUUGAUGGGGUAUAACAUCGGUCUUGUCUUGAUCGCCGCCCUGAAUCUUUUCGCAUGUUCAAUUCUGGCUCUCGUUUACUCUUGGAAACUUGGCCUUGUCGUUGUCUGUGCUGGUCUUGCUCCGCUGGUUGGUUCAGGCUAUCUGAAGAUCAGGCUAGACGCGAAGUUUGAUCGUGACACUUCGAAGCGCUAUUUAGUUAGCGCGUCUAUCGCGUCGGAGGCUGUUACUUCCAUUCGCACGAUCUCGUCGCUUGCGAUUGAGCAUUCUGUCUUAGAGAGAUACACUAGAGAGUUGGAUGCAGCGAUGGCUGACUUGAAGCGUCCGUUGUUUACUGUGAUGGUGAGCUUUGCCUUCACACAAUCCGCAGAACACUGGUUCAUGGCUCUUGGCUUCUGGUAUGGAUGUCGCCUGUUGUCGUUCGGUCAGGUUACCAUUUACGCAUUCUUCGUCGCCUUUCUGGGGGUCUUCUUCUCCGGCCAAAGCGCAUCGCAGCUCUUUCAAUUUUCCACGAGCAUCACGAAAGGUGUCAACGCCGCCAACUACCUCUUCUGGCUCAACGAUCUUCAGCAAACAAUGCGGGAGACAGAUGGAACGCGAGAAAGUGGCCCUGGCGCAGCAGACAUAGUUGAUCUAGACAACGUCAAUUUCUCAUACCCUCUUCGACCCGAGAUCCUGGUUCUUAAAGGCCUUAAUCUGAGUUUCAAAAAAGGCCAAUUUAUAGCCCUUGUCGGCUCAUCAGGAUGCGGCAAAUCAACCGUGAUAGCUCUCCUGGAGAGAUUCUACGAUCCAUCAGCCGGGUCGAUCAAAAUCGAUUCCUCACCCCUACCAAGUUUCAACCCCCGCCUCUACCGCCGAAUCGUCGCCCUCGUACAGCAGCAACCAGAUCUCUUCCCUGUCUCUAUCCGUGAAAACGUCGCUUUUGGUCUCGGCUACGACGAUCGCGUCGAUCUCACGGUAGAAGACUAUCAGAUCGAGUCUGCUCUUCAAGCAGCCAACGCAUGGGAUUUCGUCUCAUCUCUCCCCGACGGGUUGGAUACAUUUGUUGGAUUCGGUGGAUCACAGCUUUCCGGCGGUCAGAGGCAGCGGAUUGCAAUUGCGAGAGCACUGAUCCGCGAUCCCAAGAUUCUUCUCCUGGAUGAGGCUACUAGUGCGCUUGAUACGGAGAGUGAACGGGUUGUGCAUGCUGCUCUUGCAGCAGCGAGGGAUGGAGAUCGGAUGACGGUUGCUGUGGCGCAUCGGCUUAGUACGGUCAAGGAUGCGGAUGUGAUCUGUGUGUUUCAUGAAGGUCGGAUCAAGGAAAUGGGAUCACAUUGUGAUUUGAUUGGGAUGGGUGGAAUGUAUAGCAAGAUGUGUGAGGCUCAGGCUUUGGACUAG